AUGGCGAAAGUUCCGGAAGAAGAGUACCAAUUUAGGGUCGUUCAAUGCAACGAGCCCCUGCCCUCAAAGCGCAAGCGAAAGACACGAACGGGCUCCAGCAGCGUGGGCGCUGAAGUCACUAAGCGACAGCCAUUUCCCUUCUCCAGUUCAAAAGUCUCUUACCGUUACCGCGUACUGCCCGCCGCGCAGUGGUCCGGGUUGCAGAGCUACAGAUGUUUCCUCUUUCGGGGCACUCGAUUCAGGCUCGGAGAUUUCGUCAGGGUGGCAAACCGGUUGGCGAGCCAGGACAGCCCGACAGAGCACGCUGUCAGGGAUCCGAAGAGGCCCGAGAGAGACUGGAUCGCCUAUAUACUGGAGAUUAGGGCUGCUGACCCGUAUCAUGUCUUUGCUCGAGUAUAUUGGAUGUAUUGGCCUGAAGACAUACCGAAACGUGUGAUGAAAGACUUGACGCGCAGUCAUGGGCCAGAAAUAUUCCACAGGUCACAUGAAGUCAUUGCCUCUAAUCAUAUUUGCCGCAUGGCGAUGCCGUGGGCUGCUUUCUUCUGGUCUCUCGUUCGGAUGAUAGUGCCGGAUAAGAAUGAUUCAAGCGAGGCGAAAAUGAAGGGAAAACAGGAGCCGGAGAUUUCUUACUGUGACGAUGGGCGUCACUUUAUCCUUUUACGAGACAGAGUCGACGAGACUAUUCUUCGAAGCCACGCCUUCAUGUCAACUGGCGCCGAAUACCGCCCCCGCGUCGGUGCUUUUUACCCAUGA